GGCGCGGCCCCACGCAUGCUCGCUGCGGGCUCAGACAUGGCGGCGCCCAGCACCGCGCUCCGGCACCGGCAGAAGCGGGCGGUGGGAAGCGCUGCCCCCGAGGCCCCGGAGCGGGCUGCGGCGGAGCCGGUGGGCAGCGAGGCCAAGCCGCCGCAGGGCACCUUCUGGCUGACCCGCAUCGUGCUGCUGCGAUCCAUAGCGCUGCUGUACUUUGUGGCCUUCCUGGUGGCUUAUCACCAAAACAAGCAGCUGAUAGGAGAGAAGGGGCUGCUCCCCUGCAAGCUCUACCUGCAGAGUGUCAAGAAGUAUUUCAAAGGAAAGAUAAACCUGGAUGCUCUGAGCUAUGCACCAACAAUCAUCUGGUUUCUGGACUGGUCAGACAUGGACAGCAUCUUGGACUACCUCUCCCUGCUUGGCCUGGCAGCUUCAGCCUUUGUCUUGCUGUCUGGGUGUGCGAACAUGGUGCUGAUGGCCGUCCUGUGGCUGCUCUACCUCUCGCUGGUCAACGUUGGACAGAUCUGGAUGGGAAUCCCAGCUGCUGGAAACAGGGUUCCUGGGGAUAUUCCUCUGCCCUCUCUGGAGCCUCUCCCGCCUGCCCCAGCACUCUCCUCCCUCCCGCAUCGUCCUCUGGGGCUUUCGGUGGCUGAUCUUCAGGAUCAUGCUGGGAGCAGGGCUGAUUAAAAUCCGAGGGGACCCUUGCUGGAGAGAGUUAACUUGCAUGGAUUAUCACUACGAGGUGAGUGAUCUGCACUUCCAAACUCAUUUCUCUUGUCUGCUUUACCUUGCUAGAAGAGUUUUGCCUCCUGCCAGGCAGCUCUCCCUGCUUUCUUCCUUUAGCAUGGCCCCUCUGUCCCUGGCAGCACAGCCAGUGUCCAAGGGCCAGCUUGGUGAUGCUGU